GGAAAGUGUUUAGAGUUUCUACUGUCUCAUGAAGAUAUACCACAAGGAGCUGUUCUUUCACCUAUUCUUUCCUCUUUUUUCUGCAUGGUCUGCCAUUUCCACAGAAAACACUUUUGUGAAAUAUGCGGAUGAUCUCACUGUAUGUAUGCCUAUCUCUUACUCUUUACAUCCCAUAGAAAUGAACGAGUUUUUGUCUCGUACUGAUUGUUGAUCUGUUGGUAAUGGUCUUAUAGUUAAUCUAUCUAAAUGUCAAGCUGUUAACUUUAGCAUGAGACAUGGACGGAAUCUAAACACUACUUUGAGAUCCCAUAAUGCUUGUGCUAUUGGAGACUCUUUGAUAAACACAGUGUUGAAGGUCAAUUAUCAUGGUGUUACCUUUUCCUCUGAUCUCUCUUGGUCUUCUCACGUUUUAUUGUUAUCGAAGAAGGUUUUCCGUCUGACUUACUACAUAAAGAGAUUGCAUGCUCUUGGGAUUACUCGUCAUUUACUCUUACAAUUUGUCAAUUCUUGCAUAUUACCUAUUAUUGUUUACUGUUCUCCAUUAUUCUUUUCUGGGCUUUUGAGAAAAGACUUUGCUGUAUUGCAGAGAGUGCUGAAGGCAGUUAGCAAGGUGUGUGGUGAAUCUUUCGAGGUCAUAAUUAAUAUGGUUGUGGACAGACAUCUUAAGUCAUACAAACUCCUGGCAAGUGUUAUUUUAUCACAUACUAACCAUCCCCUUCACUCUUAUCUUUCUCCUUGUAUAUCCUCUGGUAGAAUGAGACGUCAUUACAUUAAAAUCCAUGCAUGCAAGCAAAAGUAUAAAAGUUCUAUAAUACCUUACCUAGCAAAUAUAUUCUGUGACGAAGUCAAUCAUAUGUAAUCAUAGUUGAAACUAUUCGAAAUAGGAGAUGAAAAGCCAAAAUCAGAAACUAUUCAAAAGAAGGAGAAUAUCUUAAAACACAAUAAUUUACCAGUAUAUGGUUGUGCAGGUUAUUAAGUGUUUUAAUGAGAUCAUGAACCGAUUGAUGUU